AUGAAUUACGAGAACUAUGACCCUUGUUUCCCAGACCAGCCAGUGGUCGACCAAUACCUCCCAUUAUGGGCUAACCUCCCAUCCUUCCGGACCAAACCAGCCUUCAUUUGGGCUGAAGAAGGCUCAACCGGUGCGACCAAGGGCUCAACCUUAACCCUCACCUAUUCUCAGCUCAACAACUCAGUCCAGUCCAUUUCCUCUCUGCUUCUAAACCCAUUACAGAGAGGUGACACUGUUGUCAUUCUCUGCUCACCGGGCCUCGAGCUCGUCGAGAUCAUCUUCGGGUGCCAACGGGCCGGGCUUUUAUUAGUACCCAUCGUCCCACCCAACCCAACUUUCUCUAACAAUACCCAUCACCACCUUGUUCGGGUCCUCUCCCAAACAAAGCCCAAAGCCGCCAUAGCUCACUCCAAUUACAUCAAACAUGUUCGACAAUACAUCUCAUCAUCAUCUUCAAGCAAUCGACAGCUCUGCGAGCUCUUAAAAAACCUUAAAUGGAUUGCUUCGGACGAAAUCAGAGCCAAGAAAGCGAACCCAAAAUCAAAUUUAGUGUCGUACAAUGGCUGCAAACCGAACGAGGUGUAUCUAAUUCAGUACACUUCGGGGGCAACUGGGAUAACCCAUACCGUCCUUGGUUUCAGCAGGAUCAGCAGCUCAACAAUGUCAGAACAGCAAGGAAAGCUUAUGAUCUUCAUCCCAAUAGCAUCAUUGUGUCAUGGUUGCCACAGUACCAUGACUGUGGCCUAA